GCCCAUCGUCUAUAUAGCUCAUUGGCGUCGAAGAUGUUUCAACUUCGAACCAAACUUUUACGCCAUGAGCGUGCAAGACUAGUAGACGGGUGUCUUUCUCCAAUUCGUCAGUUCUCGGUCAUACAAGGACGAGCGAAAGACGCCAGUCAAUCUGGUAAUGAUGCCCCUAAAGUUCGAUCUCUUCACCCGGGUGUUUCAUAUACUCGCGCUUCUCCAAGGAAGACCAACCUUCCUCCAGCCAACUUGAACUCCAGAAAAACAGACUCCGACAAACCUCGUCCUCGACGCGUUUUUGACGCAAGAUCUCUCGCGGCCCCUUCAGCCAAUGGCCAGUCCACAAACAUUCUAAGGAGUACCUCGUUGCGAAACCCUCGCAAGGGACCAUCCAUUCGCGCUCGGAGGCCGAAACCCCCAACAAAGUCGUCAACCUCCAAGUCACGCAAAAGUGGACGGCCUCAACGUGCGAAAAAUACAGAUAUGGAAGAAAUCGAUAUCUCUUUAAUGGAGAAUGUAUAUCGCGAACUCGCUGAGAAAUCAAGGCCAACGCCUAGCCGCUACAAACCCCAGGUCCCUGAUCUCUCUAACCUGAAGGAAACUUGGCCUUCUUUUCCAACGGGUACGACUGCCAGUACUGCUGAGGUUGUCGAAAAGCUAUCCUCUCUAAGUGGCCGCUUUCCAAAUGGUUAUGUCCCCCCUUAUGAACUGGGCAUGCGGCUCUUCAGGGGACAGUUCGUUCAGUUUCUCGACGAGGAGGAAAAGGCACAGGCUAUAGCAGACGCGAAGAAACUCUCCCAACAGCGUGCGGAUAAUUACUCCCAGCGGAAAGGCGAUUUAGUAGAACCCGAAGACGUCGGCUUCCUUCCGAUGAGAGCAGAGGACAGGAAGUCUUUAGUGCAAUCUUACAUCCAAGGAGCUUAUCCCAAACUCAGUACUGAAGAAGCUGCCCAAUCGUCUGUUCUCAGUGAGGUGACGAAGAAUCUCAGAAAUAACGAGUCUUACCAAGCUGCCGGGAAGAGCUCCCAAUUUGUUGCAAAAGUGGAAUCACUCCUGUCUUCCGCUCGCCCCGUGAGGCGAGCCUAA